AAAACAAGUAACCUGAUGCCAUUGCUGUACUCUGCAAAGUACAUGUCCUGCUCACAGAACUGAGCGAAGGUAUCUUGAAGCGGUGAAGCCCCGGCUUCGCUCGUUGCCUGGUGAGCCGGAACGACAAGGCUCAAUUCUGAUGUCAAGUUGAAUGCUUUUCACUCGUACUUACCAAAACGAACAGUAAGUAUAGGCUUUCAUUGAACGAGAAUUUGUACGUCACGAGCAGACACGAAGCAGCACUGAGCCACGGAAGACUUGGUCGCUCAGGAAGCACAUUCAUCACUCUCCCAAGGUCCUGCCCAAACAGUGCCGACUCUCACCAUUCAAGCCAGGUCAUUGAACAAGGUGUCAUUUUUCUUAGCAGGCGUGUUGGAACGAAGCGUUCGUCCUCAUACACUCAACAAGAAGACUGCUCGAUCGGAAAAAACAUUCUGAAGAGAUUUUGCCGAACCAACCUUGAGCUUGCUAUAUCUUGAUGAAGAUGAAGAGCCUCCCCCGAAAUCGUCCUCUGGACUACCUCAUACUGCUGGCCUCAGCAACAGCAGCACUCGAGACAUCGUUUCUCGGUCCCAACCCCUGCUGCGAAGCCCUAUAUAUGUCACCACAUAUUCCCUCUCCUCAUCUCCAUUAUCCAGGCGAGACAUCUCACAAGGAACUACAAAGAACACCACAAUACCUCAAUAAUCAUCACUUCACUCCACCAUGUUUCUAUACUCCCGAUGCUACGGACGAAGUCGCUCAAGCGAUCAAGAUACUCCUUGCGACCAACAAAACCAUAUCUCGAGGAUGCAAAUUCGCGAUACGCAAUGGCAAUGACCACACUUCGGGAGUCUACUCCAGCCCAUCCAAUACCGAUAUCAUGAUGGAUCUCCGGAAGCUCAACAGCAUAACGUAUCAUUCAUCGAAUUCUACGCUCUCUGUGGGACCUGGAGCAACUUGGAGAGAAGUCUACACUUACCUUUCUGAGCUUCCAAGGUCCGCAUCACAGCCCAGAAACGACAAUGAAGCCGACGGCGAGUCUGAACUGACGUUUUCGACGCCGAAAUUGAUCUCCGGGCCUCCUCCUCUCCUCCUCUCGUCACCGUCUACCACUCUAGAUUCUAGCAUAUCGGACUUCUUCCUAUCCUGUACACCCGCUAUCCUCUCACUGGGACGAGGCCCCUCCUGUGAUACCGUGGCCAAUUUCGAAGUCGUACUAGGAGAUGGCGGCUGGCUGGUCAACGCCAACGCGAAAGAACACUCGAAUCUGUUUAAAGCGCUGCGAUCAGGAGGAGCGGAAGCAAAUCUUGGGUUAGUCACGAGGCUUGACCUGCAAGUGGCAAAUAUUGAAGACGGAGGGAUUUGGGGAGGAGUAGUCAAGUAUCCUGAAAACACGGCUGAGGAACAGUUUAAGGCUCUGGCGGAUUUCGUGGAGAAUAUGGGGAAGAGGGAGAGUGGGAGCGAGAUUGCAAGCGUAGUCGUAAUGGAGAAAUACUCAUCUUCAAACGGUCCCGGAAAACUGGAAUUCUGGAACGCAUAUGCCAACAUCGCUCUCCCAAGAGAAAAAGCAGACACCUCAGACACCGAACCUGCCCACCCACCUCCCGCCCUACAACCCUUCCUCUCCAUCCCACACAACACAUCCUCCACAACCAAACACCACCUCAACCCAACCUCCCUCUUCCUCUCCCCCGCCUCCGCCUCCGCCCCCCAAGCCAAAACCCACUACCUCAAAACCUUCACCGUCAUCCUCCCCGCCUCAUCAACACUUCUCCUCAAAGCUCACCUUUCCCUCCUAACCGCAAUCUCCAAUCUCGAAGAAACAGCCAUCGGCUCCUGGACCGUAUCCGCGACAUAUCAACCCCUUCCAGCGACAUCCGAGUCAGAAGCAGCUCAUAUCCACUACGAAGCAUUCUUCGAAUAUCAGAAUCUCAAUGGGAAACCAGCUCAAGAUGGACUUUUCCGGAAACACGCAGAGGAACUGCGGAAGGGGAUAGAGGGGGAAAUUGAGAAAGUGGGCGGGAGAGAUGUGAAAGUGGGUGGUUUUCCAUCCUCUACCGCAAAUGCCGAAAAUCUACGCGAGAUCGCCGCGCGAUACGAUCCUGAGGGGGUAUUCAGAUAUAUGGUUGCCUCUUCCAGUGGUUUCAGAUUUUCUGGAGGUGGGAGUGAGGGCUCUGCACGCGCGGAGUUGUGAAAUUUGUCAAAAAGCAAGCAAUUGAAGGGUCUUUUUCCAAAAAUCAGAGGUGGAGG